CAGUAGCAGAGUGGUGUCACACAGCUUAUGGAGAUCGUAGACUCAGAGUGCGGUCAACCACCGCAGCCAAGGUCAACCGCUGUGCAUCUCUGAUAACCGCACCAGCCAGCCGGUCAGUCCGAGUCGCGAGCUAGCCGCGGCCUCCCGAAUAUCAGAUAGAUGCGGAUACGAUGGCUGUCCUGCCGCCGGUCGUUUGCUGCACUGGUUGUCCUGAUCUGUCUGUUCGCUGCGCUCUCCCUGCUGAGGUUCGGCGGCCCAGGUACCACCCCCACCAUCAGUCUCAGCCAGUCCCAGAUUCAAGAUCUCAUUAGACAAGCUGAAAUCUCCAACGCUGAACGUCUGCUCAGGAUACAGACAGUCUGUCGCAAGUACAACCUAGGACUGUACAGGGACACGUCAGCUCAUACUUAUAUAUUAGGAUUAUACAUUAAGUUAUGUAUUGAAUACAGAGAAGCUGAAAUUCCCAACGCUGAACGUCUGCUCAGGAUACAGACAGUCUGUCGCAAGUACAACCUAGGACUGUACAGGGACACAUCAGCUCAUGCUUAUAUAUUAGGAUUAUACAUUAAGUUAUGUAUUGAAUACGUCAUAUCGUUCUACUUGAUAAGAGUCUACAUAUUACAGAGAGAAGCUGAAAUCUCCAACGCUGAACGUCUGCUCAGGAUACAGACAAGACAAGCUGAAAUCUCCAACGCUGAACGUCUGCUCAGGAUACAGACCAGUCUGUCGCAAAGAGAAGCUGAAAUCUCCAACGCUGAACGCCUGCUCAGGAUACAGGACCGUCUGUCGCAAAGACAAGCUGAAAUCUCCAACGCUGAACGCCUGCUCAGGAUACAGACCGGUCUGUCGCAAAGAGAAGCUGAAAUCUCCAACGCUGAAACGUCCUGCUCAGAUACAGACAGUCUGUCGCAAAGAGAAGCUGAAAUCUCCAACGCUGAACGCCUGCUCAGGAUACAGACCGUCUGUCGCAAGUACAACCUAGGACUGUACAGGGACACAUCAGCUCAUGCUUAUAUAUUAGGAUUAUACAUUAAGUUAUGUAUUGAAUACGUCAUCUCGUUCUACUUGAUAAGAGUCUACAUAUUACAGAGAGAAGCUGAAAUCUCCAACGCUGAACGUCUGCACAGGAUACAGACAGUCUGUCGCAAGUACAACCUAGGACUAGAGAAGCUGAAAUCUCCAACGCUGAACGUCCUGCUCAGGAUACAGACAGUCUGUCGCAAGUACAAACCUAGGACUAGAGAAGCUGAAAUCUCCAACGCUGAACGCCUGCUCAGGAUACAGACCGUCUGUCGCAAGUACAACCUAGGACUAGAGAAGCUGAAAUCUCCAACGCUGAACGCUGCUCAGGAUACAGACCGUCUGUCGCAAAGACAAGCUGAAAUCUCCAACGCUGAACGUCUGCUCAGGAUACAGACCAGACAAGCUGAAAUCUCCAACGCUGAACGUCUGCUCAGGAUACAGACCGUCUGUCGCAAGUACAACCUAGGACUAGACAAGCUGAAAUUUCCAACGCUGAACGCCCCUGCUCAGGAUACAGACCGUCUGUCGCAAAGACAAGCUGAAAUUUCCAACGCUGAACGCCUGCUCAGGAUACAGACCGUUCUGUCGCAAAGACAAGCUGAAAUCUCCAACGCUGAACGUCUGCUCAGGAUACAGAACAGUCUGUCGCAAAGACAAGCUGAAAUCUCCAACGCUGAACGCCCUGCUCAGGAUACAGACCGUCUGUCGCAAAGACAAGCUGAAAUUUCCAACGCUGAACGCCUGCUCAGGAUACAGACCGUCUGUCGCAAGUACAACCUAGGACUGUACAGGGACACGUCAGCUCAUGCUUAUAUAUUAGGAUUAUACAUUAAGUUAUGUAUUGAAUACGUCAUAUCGUUCUACUUGAUAAGAGUCUACAUAUUACAGAGACAAGCUGAAAUUUCCAACGCUGAACGCCUGCUCAGGAUACAGACCGUCUGUCGCAAGUACAACCUAGGACUGUACAGGGACACGUCAGCUCCUCCUGCCUUCAAGCAUCCUCCAACACCGCAGUACGGAGUAUUCUACAUUGACUUGAUCCACAAGAUAGCCUUGUGUCCUGUGUACAAAGCAGCGAGCUCCAGCUGGCUGUACAAUUUGUGCUUGCUGGGAGGAUAUGAGGAGACUCAACUGGCAGAAGUGAACAGAACCCAACAGCUGAGUGUCCUGGCCCGCAAAGUCUUCCCUGAGCUGGAAUACCCUCAGGCGGAAGAGGCACUUCAAAGCAGUCUGAAGCUGUUGGUGGUUCGCCACCCGUUGGAGCGGUUGCUGUCGGCGUACAGGGAUAAGCUGGAGAACACAAAUGUCGGUCGGGAGCACGGUACAGAACACUUCUACAGGAAGUUCGGUGCGCGUAUUGUUGCCAAGUACAGGAGAGGCGGAAACUCGACACACUCCAGGGAGUUACUUCCGCCAGACUCCUACUAUUGGGCGAGUGACCAGCCGCUCCCUGCCGGCAUUGAACCCACCUUUCGUGAAUUUGUCAGAUACCUUAUAGACCUGGACUUGCUGAGUUAUGCUGAUGACCAUUGGAUACCUGUCUACCUCUUCUGUACACCUUGUCUUCUCAGAUACGACAUCAUAGCCAAGGUGGAGACACUGCAGAGAGAUCAGUUGUACACCUUAAGAGCGGCAAACAUAGAUCGGCUAAUCAAACCUAGGUGGCAGCACCGUACCGUGCCAGCCGGCACCACCACCAGCGACCUGGCACGUCGCUACUUCUCCCAGCUGACAACUGCUGACGUGCAGAAACUCUAUCAGAAAUACCAACUGGACUUCGAACUCUUCGGGUAUAAGAUGGACGAAUACUUGAAGUACACCUCCGACUUCAAGGAAACCUUGUGAUAUUGAUUGAGUUGUGAAAUUAUACAGUUGUAUUUACAAUGUUUUAAAAAGAAAUGUUUAUGUAGUGUAAAUUUAUUUAAUUGGUAGUAAAGAAAUACAAAUUGA